AUGAAGUUAAAUCAAAUAACUAAUGAUGUUAAAUCAAUGCAAUUAGAUGAUGAAGAUGCAUCAAAAUAUUUUAUUAAUUAUAUAAGUGAUGAUUCUAGUGGUCUUAAUAAUAAUAGUAAUGAACAUGAAGAUGAUUAUAUAAAAACUAAUAAUAAUGAUAUAGAUGUAUCUUCAUUACCAAAUAGUGUUAUUAUAAGUUCUGUACCUGAAGAUUUAUUUACGAAUCAACAAAUGAAAGAUGAAUUUGAACAAUUAUUUCGUGCUUAUGAUUCUCAAAUUACUGUACUUUAUUUUAAAUUUUUUCAACGUGUACGUAUUACAUUUACAUCUUCAUAUAAUGCUUUACAAGCUCGAUUACAGCUUCAUCAAUACCCAUUUCAUGGUAAAAUAAUAAACACAUUUUUUGCUUGUCCUGUUGUUCUUCAUGAUGCAACCCCUGAUAAACAUUUACGUCCACCUGAACCGGAAAAACUUUAUCUUAUAUCACCACCAUGUAGUCCACCAGAUAAUUGGGAACAAAAUAUUGAAAAACCACCAACUGUUGAUAUGAAUUUAAUUGCUGCUAUUUCCCAAUUACAGCCUGACGAAUCUCAUGAAUUAUUACCGAAUGAACAUAGUUUGAAUGCUCCAUCGAUCAUCAUUCAUACAUGUGAGGAUCCUAAUAAUGUUGAAAUAAAUCAGAGUCUUCGACAAAAACUAAUUAGACAAAGAUUUGUACAUGGUAGACGGCCACCAAAUACUGAAGUUCUAUUUCAUUAUAUAUAUAAAACAGGACUUAUGCAAUUAAAUAAACCAAAAACAUUAAAUGCUUUAAUAUAUUCAAUGGAAUGGGAAUUAGAUAAAAAAGAAACAGAAUUAAUUAUUAUUAAAAGUACUGAAUCAAAAGCAUUCUCUGCUGAUGGUAAUAUUAAAAUUCUUCCAAUGACAUCAUCAAUUAGUGAAAAUAUUCGAACUGAUUAUUUCAGAGAUGAAUAUCAACUUAUUUAUGUUAUUGGAACUUAUAAACUAUCUUUAUUUCCGAAUGCUGAUGGUUCAUAUUUUCUUCCACGUCUAUCGAAUAAUCUUCGUGUAUUUCUUGGUUUAACAGGUCGUCGUUUACGUGGUAUAGAUAUUGUUCAUGCUGGUAUUGCAACACAUUUUUUUCCAAUAAAUUGA